AUGGCCCAGGGAGCAGACCUUGCCAUAGAGCCUGGAGACAGGUACUCUAGAAAACAAGCAUUGCCCAAGUGGUAUUCAGAAGUGGAGAUCCAGGAGUUGAGAAGCAGUCACAGGGACAAUCUCUGGCUUGGGUCAGGGAGCCCAAGCAGCCCUAAUGGCUACCCCAAAGAAGAGAUGAUUUACAGAUGGAGAAAAAAUUCAGUUGAGGCAGCUGAUCAGAAAUCCUGGAGGCUUUAUCAGUUUGACUUUAUGGGCCUCAGAAACACGACAGAAAUUGUAACAACAUCUGCAGGUGAUUAUGUUGUCAUGACCAUAUAUUUUGAAUUGAGUAGAAGAAUGGGAUACUUCACUAUUCAAACAUACAUUCCCUGUAUACUGACUGUGGUUUUAUCCUGGGUGUCAUUUUGGAUCAAAAAAGAUGCUACACCAGCAAGAACAGCAUUAGGCAUCACCACAGUGCUGACGAUGACCACACUCAGCACCAUUGCCAGGAAUUCCUUGCCCCGUGUGUCCUAUGUGACUGCCAUGGAUCUCUUUGUGACCGUUUGCUUCUUAUUUGUUUUUGCUGCUCUGAUGGAGUAUGCCACCCUCAACUAUUAUUCAAGUUGUAGAAAACCAACUACCACUAAGAAGAAAACAUCGUUAUUGCAUCCAGAUUCCUCAAGAUGGAUUCAUGAGAGAAUAAGCCUACAAGCCCCCUCCAACUAUUCUCUCCUCGACAUGAGGCCACCAACACCUGCAAUGAUCACUUUAAACAAUUCUGUGUACUGGCAGGAAUUUGAAGAUACCUGUGUCUAUGAGUGUCUGGAUGGCAAAGACUGUCAGAGCUUCUUCUGCUGCUAUGAAGAAUGCAAAUCAGGAUCUUGGAGAAAAGGGCGUAUUCACAUAGACAUCUUGGAGCUGGACUCAUAUUCCCGGGUCUUUUUCCCUACAUCGUUCCUGCUCUUCAACUUGGUCUAUUGGGUUGGAUACCUGUAUCUCUAAAUGUUGCUAUGGUGAUGACUGAAGAGCACUAGGUUUCCCUCUUUACCUUUCACCCUCCCCAGACCAGUAGUGACCAACUGCAGUAGGAAGGAAGGAACACUGCUCAGUUUAUCGGAAGUUAUACAUUACCUUUGAGCAGUACAGGAGUAUGUGGCAAAUAUUUCUAUUAUGUAUUUCACACUCACACACAUGUGUGCGCACACACACAUUAAUUGAAUUUUAAAGUGAUAUUCUUGCUAAUCCCUUAUUAAAUCUGUAGCUUGGUGAUGUUUAUGAAUGGUUUUUGGAUAUUGGAAGCAGUUGCCAAUUGUUGCCAAGAAACCUGUAAAACAUGCAAGCAAAUAUCCAAGAAGAUCUCUCAGGCCAAGACCCCUUCGAUAACUUUCCUUUGCAGCCCUUGGAUGUACCAGUGCCCACAUUCGUGGAGCCACCGCUUGCUGGUACACACUCAUGCCGACCUCAGCCCCACGUUCCUGGGCAGUCUGAGUUCAAACGUGAACUGCAGUGAGUUUUGACCCAGUUUCCUCUCCCUGUGGCCUCUUUUAUGCUGGCACCAUCAUUGUUACUUAGCAUUCCUUUAUCAAAUAAUCUCACCCUAGGCUUGGGAAGGGUGUAUAUGCAUCCACAAGUUUCCAUAUGAGAAAAAAAUAGGAUUUUAAAAAUUCUCAUGUUGCUGAAUUCAAUGAUGUUUAUUGUCUCUGAACAUCAGUUACUACUUUAUUCCAAACUACUGAGAGUCAGCAGUAUUUUUACCUUUGGAUUCUGGGACUAGUUCAGCUGGAGUUCAACAUUUUACCUUAGUUGUGUUUUACUAGACCAAAACACUACCCCAGAGUAUGCGUCUUGCUUAUGUUAUGCUAUUACAGGGUCAGUGAUUAUCUUCAUCUUACAAAGACAGAUACAUAGCAUUCACAAGAUUUUGUCUUGAAAAUGUUUUCCAGAGUGUCAAAGAAUUGUAGAUAGAAUUUAAAAAUUUCUUAGGCAAUAUUAACUUUCAAGUCAAAUCAAACUUAGAUGCAAAAACAAGGGCAAUGGCUAUCAUCAAUGAUAUAUUUUGAUGAACAAAAAUUAUUUUAUACUUUGAAAUAUGAAUAUGUAGCAAAAUCCCAAAGAAAAAAUCCCCUGAAAUUAUUACUCUUUUGAUAUUUUUAUAACACAAAACUAACUUGCUUCUUGAUGUUAGUUAGUUCUUUGUCAUGACUGGAUGCCAGUAUGUACUUCACAAGACUCUUCAGAAGUUUCCCACCAUUGAUAGGGAAAAAGAAAGUCCUAUAGUUCAUUAGUAAUGCUUUGGCAUUAUUAAAAUUUUGGUACUAAAAUUUUGGUACCAGUAUCUCUGUGCUUCUCAUUUUUCUCACCCAGAAAACUGAAUUAAUUUUA